UGGGAUAUGGUUGGCGUUCUGGGCGGCAGCUGCAUGUUGCCAACUCAUGUUGAGCUUAUCCACCAGCAACCGGAGUCUUUCUCUUCACGGCUGCUCUAGAUCUGUUCUGUAUCAUCAUUUUUAAAUACACGUGUAUGUGCAUGCUGUUAGUUAUCACUAUUUCUGUAUGGCCUGGAGGGGCUGGAGAGCUUGGCAGAGAGGAACCUAAUGAAGUUUAACAAGAGCAGGUGCAGAGCCCUGUGCCUUGGAACAACCCUUGCACCAGUACAGAUUAGGUCAACCUGCUGGAAAGCAUCUCUGCAGACCUGGGGUUCCUGGUGGACACCAAGCCAACCAAGAGCCAGCGAUGUCCACUCCUGGCCAAGGCAGCCAACAGUAUCCUGGGGUACAUCAAGAAGAGUGUGGCCAGCAGGGUGAGGGGAGUUCUCCUCCCCCUGUACUCUGUCCUAGUGAGGCCCCAUCUGGAGUCCUGUGUCCAGUGCUGGGUUUCCCACCUCAAGAUAGACAAGAAACUACUGGAAAUUGUCCAGGGGAGCCUGUGGAGGUUAUAAGGCGACUGGAGCAUUUCUUACAAGGAGAGUCUGAGAGAUCUGGACCCAUUUAGCCCAGAGAAAAGACAGAGAGAGGACCUUAUUAAUGCUGAUAAAGAUCUAAAGGGUGGAUGCGGCUCAAGAGAUUGAGGCCAGUGACCGGACAAGGUGUAACAGGUACAAACUGGAACACAGGAACAUGAGGAAAUAUUUUACUGUGAGUGUGACAAAGCACUGGAACAGGCUGCCCAGAGAGGUUUUGGAGUCUCCUUCUGGAGAGGUUCAAAAUUCACCUGUACGCGUUCCUGUGCAACCUGCUUGAGGUGACCCUGCUUUAGCAGAAGCCACAUCUGUUUUGGCAUGAAAUCUCCAGAGCAGAUGCGCCAGCAAGCUCACAUUCAAGUGGUCAGCAAAAACCUGUACAGUCAGGACAACCAUCACUCUCCGCUGCAGUAUGGAGUGCUCGACCAUCGCAUGGGAACCAGUGAAAAAGACCGUCCCUGUGAAACCUGUGGAAAAAAUCUGGCUGAUUGCUUAGGACACUAUGGGUAUAUUGACUUAGAACUGCCCUGUUUUCACGUUGGAUACUUCAAGGCUGUGAUAGGCAUCUUACAGAUGAUCUGCAAAACCUGUUGUCGUAUCAUGCUGUCCGUGGAGGAAAAAAAACAGUUUUUGGAUUACCUGAGGCGACCCGGCCUUACAUAUCUUCAGAAGAGAGGGCUGAAAAAGAAAGUGUCUGAGAAGUGCCGAAAGAAAAACACUUGUCCAUACUGUGGUGCCUUUAAUGGAACCGUGAAGAAGUGUGGUUUGUUGAAAAUAAUACAUGAAAAGUACAAGACCAAUAAGAAAGUAGUAGAUCCAAUCGUAUCUACUUUUCUCCAGUCCUUUGAAACUGCCAUAGAAUAUAACAAAGAAGUAGAACCUUUACUGGGAAGAGCUCAGGAAAACUUGAAUCCUUUAGUAGUGUUGAACCUCUUUAAAAGAAUCCCAGCAGAAGACAUCCCUCUGCUGCUAAUGAACCCAGAAGCAGGCAAACCUUCAGAUUUGAUCCUCACACGAGUCUUGGUGCCUCCAUUGUGUAUCCGACCCUCUGUUGUCAGUGACUUGAAGUCCGGCACCAAUGAAGAUGAUCUGACUAUGAAGCUCACUGAGAUAAUUUUCCUUAAUGAUGUAAUCAAAAAGCAUAGGAUAUCAGGAGCCAAAACACAGAUGAUCAUGGAAGACUGGGACUUCCUUCAGCUGCAGUGUGCCUUGUAUAUCAACAGCGAGCUCUCGGGAAUUCCUCUCAACAUGGCACCUAAAAAAUGGACCAGAGGUUUUGUUCAGAGACUGAAAGGAAAACAAGGUCGGUUUAGAGGCAAUCUGUCUGGAAAGAGAGUGGAUUUUUCUGGCAGAACAGUCAUUUCACCUGACCCUAACCUAAGAAUAGAUGAAGUAGCAGUGCCUAUUCAUGUUGCUAAGAUACUAACCUUUCCUGAAAAGGUGAACAAAGCGAAUAUUGAUUUCAUGAGGAAACUUGUUCGUAAUGGUCCCGAUGUUCAUCCUGGAGCCAACUUCAUACAGCAAAGGCACACACAGAUGAAAAGAUUUUUGAAAUACGGUAACCGAGAAAAGAUGGCCCAGGAACUGAAGUUUGGUGAUAUCGUGGAGCGACAUCUUAUAGAUGGUGACAUAGUCCUGUUCAACCGACAGCCCUCUCUUCAUAAGCUGAGCAUUAUGGCUCAUAUUGCUAGAGUCAAACCUCAUAGGACGUUCAGAUUUAAUGAAUGUGUCUGUACACCAUACAAUGCAGACUUUGAUGGAGAUGAGAUGAACCUUCACCUUCCUCAGACAGAAGAAGCAAAAGCAGAAGCACUCGUUUUAAUGGGGACUAAAGCAAACUUGGUAACACCGAGAAAUGGAGAACCUCUCAUUGCUGCUAUCCAGGAUUUCCUCACAGGUGCCUAUCUUCUUACUUUAAAAGACACCUUUUUUGAUCGAGCCAAAGCCUGUCAAAUUAUUGCUUCUAUCCUGGUUGGCAAGGAUGAAAAGAUUAAAGUUCGUCUUCCACCUCCAGCAAUUCUGAAGCCUGUAACGCUCUGGACAGGAAAACAGGUUUUCAGCCUUAUCCUCAAACCCAGUGAUGAUUGUCCUGUAAAAGCCAAUCUCCGAACCAAGGGCAAACAGUACUGUGGCAAAGGGGAAGACCUGUGUUACAACGAUUCUUAUGUCACAAUUCAGAACAGUGAGUUAAUGAGUGGCAGUAUGGACAAAGGAACAUUAGGUUCAGGUUCCAAGAACAACAUCUUCUACAUCUUGUUAAGGGACUGGGGACAGGUAGAAGCUGCAGAUGCCAUGUCACGACUAGCCAGACUUGCUCCCGUUUAUCUUUCUAAUCGUGGCUUUUCAAUUGGAAUUGGUGAUGUAACACCUGGGCAGGGCCUGCUGAAAGCUAAAUAUGAGCUCCUGAAUGCUGGCUAUAAGAAAUGUGAUGAGUAUAUUGAAGCUCUAAACACUGGCAAGCUACAGCAGCAGCCUGGUUGCACUGCAGAAGAGACUCUAGAGGCCUUAAUCCUUAAAGAACUCUCUGUUAUCCGAGAUCAUGCUGGCAGUGCCUGUCUCAGAGAACUGGACAAGAGCAACAGCCCCCUUAUCAUGGCUCUCUGUGGUUCUAAAGGCUCCUUCAUUAAUAUAUCCCAGAUGAUUGCUUGUGUGGGUCAGCAGGCUAUCAGUGGGUCCCGAGUUCCUGAUGGAUUUGAGAACAGAUCCUUGCCUCACUUUGAGAAGCAUUCUAAGCUCCCAGCAGCAAAAGGUUUUGUUGCUAAUAGCUUCUAUUCUGGGCUGACUCCCACUGAAUUUUUUUUUCAUACAAUGGCUGGUCGAGAAGGUCUGGUUGACACAGCUGUAAAAACAGCCGAAACAGGAUACAUGCAGAGGCGACUGGUAAAAUCUCUUGAAGAUCUUUGCUCACAGUAUGAUUUGACAGUCAGAAGUUCCACUGGUGACAUUAUACAGUUUAUUUAUGGAGGAGAUGGCUUGGAUCCUGCAGCCAUGGAAGGGAAGGAUGAACCACUGGAAUUCAAGCGAGUUCUAGACAAUAUCAGAGCUGUAUAUCCAUGCCAAAGUGAACCAGCCCUCAGUAAAAAUGAAUUGGUGUUAACAUCUGAGUCCAUCAUGAAGAAGAAUGAGUUUCUUUGCUGCCAAGACAGUUUUUUGCAGACAUUAACUGAGACAGGUUAUGAAAAAUAUAAUGAGGAGAUUAAAAAAUUCAUCAAAGGUGUUUCUGAGAAGAUAAAAAAAACUAGGGACAAGUAUGGCAUUAAUGAUAAUGGCACAACAGAGCCACGCGUUUUAUAUCAGUUGGACAGAAUUACUCCAACCCAGCUAGAGAAGUUUUUAGAAACUUGUAGGGACAAAUACAUGAGGGCACAGAUGGAGCCUGGUUCUGCUGUGGGAGCUCUUUGUGCACAGAGCAUCGGUGAGCCUGGCACACAAAUGACUCUGAAGACUUUCCACUUUGCUGGUGUUGCUUCAAUGAACAUUACUUUGGGUGUGCCUAGAAUCAAAGAAAUAAUUAAUGCUUCAAAGGCUAUUAGCACCCCUAUUAUAACAGCACAGUUGGAUGUAGACGAUGACCCUGAUUUUGCCCGUCUGGUUAAAGGAAGAAUUGAGAAAACUUUAUUAGGAGAGAUUUCAGAAUAUAUCGAGGAAGUCUUUCUUCCAGAUGAUUGCUUCAUCCUAGUGAAGCUGUCUUUAGAGCGCAUUAGAUUGCUGAGAUUAGAGGUGAAUGCAGAGACUGUGCGCUACUCUAUCUGCAUAUCUAAACUCCGAGUCAAGCCUGGGGACGUUGCUGUCCAUGGAGAAGCUGUUGUAUGUGUGACCCCUCGGGAAAAUAGCAAGAGUUCGAUGUAUUAUGUAUUGCAGUCACUGAAAGAAGAACUACCAAAGGUUGUAGUGCAAGGUAUACCAGAGGUUUCCCGAGCUGUCAUUCAUAUUGAUGAACAAAGUGGAAAGGAAAGAUAUAAACUCCUAGUUGAAGGUGAUAACUUGCGAGCUGUUAUGGCUACCCAUGGAGUGAAAGGAACAAAAACGUCUUCCAACAACACAUACGAGGUAGAGAAAACACUGGGAAUUGAAGCUGCUCGGACAACCAUUAUCAAUGAGAUUCAGUAUACAAUGGUGAACCAUGGUAUGAGCAUUGACAGGAGACAUGUAAUGUUGCUGUCUGAUCUAAUGACUUACAAGGGUGAAGUGCUGGGCAUUACAAGGUUUGGACUGGCCAAGAUGAAGGAAAGUGUGUUGAUGUUGGCUUCUUUCGAAAAGACUGCAGACCAUCUCUUUGACGCUGCCUAUUUUGGACAGAAGGAUUCUGUUUGUGGUGUUUCUGAAUGCAUCAUCAUGGGAAUUCCUAUGAAUAUUGGAACAGGACUUUUUAAACUGCUGCACAAAGCAGACAAAGACUCAACACCUCCUCAGAGGCCUCUGAUAUUUGAUAACAAUGAAUUUCAUAUUCCCAUUGUUACAUAGUGCUUGGACAUGAUACAAGAUAGCAAAACAAGAAAUAGCAAGAAAGCAUCACUUAAAAUAAGAUAUGUGUAUGAUCAGUUCUAUGUGUCUCAGUAACUGUGAGUUGGUGACACGCUGGCGAAAGAACUGCCUGGUUCUUUACCCCAUUGUUCCAGCAGACCCUGAAAGGGUUUCCUCCACACCAGAGAGCGGAAAUACACUUCAAGUCUCUUUCAGUUAAGAAAGUUUUUUGUUUUCAUGUGCUAGAAUUAGAUCUUUGCGUUAAUGUUAAUGGGUGGAAGUUGCUACUAACUCAGCAUCAGAUGUGUGUAUUCGGAUUUGAUUAAAAACCCAAAACCGCAAAAGUUCCAUGACUUCGCACAGUGCACGCCUGGAAAUGGCCUUCAAACAAGAGCUGCAGAGGUAACAACAAACUUAAGAAACCCAGAACCGAGUCUGUAAUUAAUUUGCACUGAGUUAAACUUCAGGAGGGCUGUUGAGAAUGUUCGAGAUAUUUGCUCUUUGCUUGUGUGUCUUUAAUUGCUUCUCUUUUAAUCCUAAGUUAUUACCCAGUAAAUGUCUUUCUUCCCCAGAAUUCUGCUUCGGGACGUACCUGCAAUAAGCCACAGAUUGUAAAGCUGUUACUAAGUUCUGAGAAGGCUGCUAUAUUACAAAUUAUAAAUAGCUUUUCACAUUACAACAAGUGUUAGACUGCUGGUUAAGGAGUCUUCGUUUUGGGCAAAUUUAAUAAUUGGACAGGAUCAUCUGAACAACCUGCUUUUAUUUAACAUAUAAAGUAGGAAUAGGAAAGGAAGCUGUUUUCAUGCAUUGCCAGGCAAUAAUUUGAAAGUAUUUUAAUCCUGAGUCCACUAGAGCAGUUUUCAGAAUUAAUAUAGGUUGAAAUUAUUUCAGUGCAGUAUGUUUAAAUUUACUCUGGUGCUAUGGAGGGUAAGUGUCUGAGUGUUUUCUUGUGUGUUUUCUGUGUUUGGGUCACCAUUGUGCUCCUCAUAUGGGUGAGGUGGAGAGAAUCGAUACAGAGAGAGAAAAGCUGAAGUUGUGUGCUCAUGCAAGUCAAGGGCUGCUGAACCAUUUGGUGUUGGACAAUUAAUGGGUUUGUGUCAUCGUUUGUCCUCAUGUAACAACCAAAAGGAAGUGUCAGGCUCCAUUUGGAAAACAUAAAUUUGUUAAGUCUUAACGUGCUGCUGUGUUUGUUUUUUAAAUUGCCCUCCAUGUAGAGAGAAGAUCCGACGUGCCAUUCAAUAUAGCUUUUCUCAGACUUUUUGUGUUUGCAGGAGGAUACUAAGAUAUGCUGCUGCCUAGUUUGGGCAGGGUAAGGACUGAGAAUAAUGUAUUUAGUGUCUGCUCUAAAAGCCAUAUGUAUUUUGCUGUCUCCCUUUUAACAGCAGAAACCUCAGAAUUAAUUAAACUGUUAUUUGUGAUUUUGGUGAGAAUUGUUGUUUGGUGAGAAUUGGCAUUUGUGGGUUUUUCUGUACAGAACUUCGGCCCUGUUUCUUUUCCUGGGAAAUUCUACUGCAAGUGCUUGAUGGUUUUGUGAGUAAAGAUUCUUUUGAAGCUGUAAACAGGUGGAGUUUGUUUUGGAAUAGGUAACCACCUCUUCUCUUUUUCUUCCUUUCUUUUUUGUAAAUCUAGUGAAACGUGGCUCUAAAUGGUGGGUUUACUCUCUUGUCUUUGUAUGUGUCUCUGUGUGUGUUUGAAACUUAUUCGGUUGUCAUUGUCUGUGAUAUUACAAUAAAAACAGGCAAAGAAAAUGUAAACUUCGUGUUUAUUUACUGCUGCAUUAUAUUUGUGCAUUGUUAAUUUAUGGAUGACCUCUCCUCUGACUCUCAGUUUGCUUGGUUAUUAAGACAGUUGAGAAUUAUUGAGCUUAAAUCUCAGGUAUUUACAACCUAAACCAGUGUGUUAAGUAAAACAUAUCUUGCUUCAAGUAAACAUAAACAAUGAUUCUAUGAUUCUGUAAGUAUUGCAGCCAAAAAUAGUUGAUUUAUGAGAACACUCUUAAUUAGUAAUUAUUGUGUGGGGUUUCGGUACAGUCAGUAUACAAAUUAGCUGUUAGAUUUGACUUAUAAGCAGCUUUUUAUAAAGGUCAAUUUUAACGUUCAAAGAGAUGGAACUUUGGGAUGUUUGUUAGAAUUUACAUGCUUAUUAGUUUUCUUACCUUUAGUGCAGGUUUCAAUUUUUAAAAAUAAGACUUUUGCAUGUUUGCCUUUUUUUCUAAUUACAAAAAGUCCUGUUUUUAAUAUUGUGUAAGAACAGAAACACUAAGAGAUAAAAUUAGGAAAUGUGUUCAUAUUUUAAUGUACAAAUAUGGGGCAGAUAGUUUGGAUGCGACUACAAUGUUGAUAUCAAUGCAUAACAGACUUAAUUUGGGCAAUAAAUACCAACAUCUCAUAGGACAGUCUGAACAACUGAAAUUAUCCAAGCCAGUCUUGCCUCUCUUGCACAUCGGUGCUUGUGAAAAUGAAUAAAGA